ACGACGGUUGCGCUGUACAGCAUCUGUCAACUCCACGGACCAACUCAUUAAAGCGCACAAAGAGGGAGAACACACCUGCUACAGAUGCGAGAGACCACAACACACUUUAUAGCCAUGCAAUAAAUGAGGAACGGUGUCUCCAUCCAAUCUACACGGGCAUCACUGGUCAAUUCGAUCGGGAGGCGUACCUGAGUAUACUCCAAAGAUCUCAUUAGUGUGUGAUGAGCAUCAUCAUCCAGUGUAGACCCAAGACAGUGCCACAUAUCCUCUAAGAGGAAGUGAUGUCACGACAACAUCACCGCUUUGAGAGGGACUAUCGAGGCCCCUGGGAUCGUCGUGACCGACCUACGGGCCUUCACAAUGGUGUGUGCAACAGCACCUGUUCACCGGUGGCUCCGCCUGUCUCCAAUGGCAACAACCGGCCGGGACUCCUCCCACUCCCAGUCAUUCCAUCCCUCCUGCCCACCCCCAUCACCAUCGCCGUGACGACAGCCAGUAACGACCUCGCCGUCAAACGAUCCGGGGUCUCCGCAACUGCACCUGCUGUGAAGACGGCAGGUCUUUCUCCUGGCGAGACACGGACACCGAGUCUCCUGUUGGCCCCUGGGGUGAGAUGGGGCCAGACCCCUAUCAACCAGUCCACUCCGUGGGAGACAGACGAGCCCCCCGCCAAGCAACACAGAGAUAAUGACACGACCACAGGGCCCCCAUGGGUGCCUCCAGUGGUGGCGGCCACUCAGUCCAGCCUAUUGGCUCACACGUACGGGAUGCCCCAGCCGCCCAUCUACAGCCAAGGUGUGUCCGUCCAGUCCCCCAUCAUUGGCGUGACCCCAGCCAUCCAGACCCCCAUCCCCCCACACCAUCCACUCAUGACCGCCCACUUCCAACUUCCCCCCAUUUCUUCCCAACCACCAGGCAGCUUAGUCCUCAACAUGCAGAACCAGUCACACUAUGCCACCAGUCAGCCGUCAAUAACUCUGUCUCCCCUAACGACGGCCGGCCAGGCAGUCCACCCUGCCCAUCAUAGUGUGGUCAGAAACGGUCACAUGACUCACCCGCUGAUACAGCCUCCCGCUUUGCCUUGUGCCGCGUUGCCUCUAACGAACGGGCAAGCGACGACUCAGCCUACACCCACCUCGGCCAAUCAGGAAAGUCAAAACGGACUUCAGAUGCUCCGUACUGUUGGAAUGGGGAAGUACGAGUUCACAGACCCGAGUCACCCGAAAGAGAUGUUGAAGGAGUUGAACCAGCAGCGCAUAGAGAAAGAAUUUACAGACCUGAAAAUUUUUGUUGAAGGCAAAGAAUUUGAAGUCCACCAAAAUGUUCUAGCUUCCUGCAGCUUGUAUUUCAAGGACCUGGUGAAAAGGUCGUCUAGAGAGACGGGGAGUGGAGAGAAGUUGGAACUCAAGAUGACCAACAUCAGUGCAGAUGUGUUGGAGCUGCUGCUGGAGUUUGUCUACACUGGCUCGCUGGUCAUCCACUCGGCUAAUGCCAAAACUCUACUGGAGGCCGCCAACAAGUUUCAGUUCAACACUUUCUGCAAAGUCUGCGUGUCUUUCUUAGAGAAGCAGCUGACUGCAGCAAACUGCCUGGGGGUGCUGGCCAUGGCUGAAGCUAUGUGCUGUACAGAGCUGCACAACAUGGCCAAGGCCUUCGCCCUGCAGAACUUCCCUGAUGUGGCGGGACAGGACGAGAUCCUCAGCAUCUCCAAGGAAGACCUCGUUAAUUACCUGUCCAAUGACAGCCUGAACACCAAGGCGGAGGAGUUGGUUUACGAGACCGUCAUCAAGUGGAUCAAAAAAGACCCGGCUUUUAGAGUACAGCACAUAUCAGAGUUGCUGGCUGUGGUUAGACUUCCAUUCAUACACCCCAGUUACCUGCUGAACGUGGUGGACAAUGAGGAGCUGAUUAAAUCGUCCGAGGCUUGUCGAGACCUAGUGAACGAAGCCAAACGAUACCACAUGCUGCCUCAUGCGCGGCAGGAGAUGCAAACGCCCAGGACGCGGCCAAGACUCUCUGCAGGUGUGGCUGAGGUGAUUGUGUUGGUGGGAGGAAGGCAGGCGAUUGGAAUGAACCAGCGCUCCCUCACGGCCGUCACCUGCUUCAACCCGCAGAACAGCAAGUGGUAUCCACUCGCCAGCCUUCCCUUCUACGACCGCGAAUUCUUCAGUGUCAUUUCGGCAGGGGACAAUAUUUAUCUGUCAGGUGGCACAGAGUCGGGGGUGACAGUGGCAGAUGUGUGGUGCUAUAUGUCUCUUUUGGACAACUGGAACUUGGUGUCCCGAAUGACUGUUCCUCGCUGCAGGCACAACAGCCUGGUGUAUGAUGGAAAACUCUACGCUAUUGGUGGUCUCGGAGUGGCUGGAAAUUUGGACCAUGUGGAAAGGUACGACACCAUCACAAAUCAGUGGGAGACUGUGUCUCCUCUGCCCAAGCCAGUACACUCGGCAGCAGCUACCGUGUGUGGAGGGAAGAUCUACGUGUUCGGUGGGGUGAACGAAGCAGGUCGCUCAGCUGGUGUGCUACAGUCUUACGUCCCACAAACCAACACCUGGAGCUUUAUAGAGUCCCCCAUGAUUGAUAACAAGUACGCCCCUGCUGUGAGCCUCAAUGGUUUUAUCUUCAUUCUGGGAGGAGCCUACGCCCGAGCCACCACUAUCUAUGACCCAGACAAGGGCAACAUCAAAGCCGGCCCCAAUAUGAAUCACUCCAGGCAGUUCUGCAGCGCGGCAAUCCUAGACGGGAAGAUCUAUGCAACAGGGGGGAUCGUGAGCAGUGAGGGACCGGCGCUAGGCAACAUGGAGACCUUUGACCCUUGCACUAACACAUGGGCACUCCUACAGAAUCUACCAUGCCCACUUUUCAGACACGGAUGUGUGGUCAUCAAGAAGUACAUUCAGAGUGGCUGACA